AUGACUUUUUCAAUGGCUGCUGACGGUUAUUCAGUCAUGGAAUCUCCUGCCUGGACAAAUUCUUGGUGUCAAUACAAGCAAAACCCAGGUCCCAAUACGAGUUCAAAUUAUUCUAAUCAAAUUUAUCAUCCGGCAAUGAAUUUACCUCCACCGGAAGUUAAAUCAAUGGUUAUAAACACGUGCAGGUCUCCUUUUGAUAACAAUAACGAACCGGAAAAUAGUAAAGAACCACUUUCACAACUUCAAGAACUAACAAAUGUCUUUUCAAAUGUUGGAUCAUGCGAGAGAUCCGUUGAAAAUUGCGUUAAGGUAAGGUAUUGUCAUGUGACAGAGGGUACACCUGUCGAAAACAGUCCGAUAAUAAAAACGGAAGUUGAAUCUUCAAUAAAUCACGAUUCUGAUUCCGGUUACGUAACCGAUCAUCCACAACCGAUUGAAAAUCAUACCACUAAAGAAACAGGUUUAACGGAAAAUUUAAGAAAACCUGGAGUGAGCGAUGUUUUAAUGGCGGAAAACAACGGAGAAUCCUUUGUUGAAAAUUUCGAUAACAACAAUCAGGGAAAUUACAUAAACGUCGAAGACAUGUUUUUAGACUGCAAUUUUCUAUCGGGAGAAAAAAAUUUUGAUACGAAUAUAAAUAUGGAGUCUGGGGAUCAUGGGAAAAACGUAUUACCCGGUUUUCAUCAGGCGUUUGGUUCGACGGAAAUCGGUCGAUUUUCGAGAAAUGAUUUUUUUACAAAUCCACCGGCGGAAACAGAAAAGGUAAGCCACAAUAAUAAUGUAGAAUCAUGUCAUCAAAAUGAUUUGGAACAAUCAUCAACGAGAAAAACCCGUACAAAAUUAAUUAGAAAAUCGCGAAAAGUUAAAAAUUCUUCAACGAGUAAAAAAAUUGACGAUACGGAUUCGAAAAGGUUUAUUUAUUCUUCCGAAGAUAAUAAUGUUAUUGAUAAAAAAAAUGGCUGUGUCAAAAAAGGAAGGAAAACAAUGAAAAAUGAUAGAAGUGGUGAUACGUAUAGACAUCAGGGAAUUAAAAGUGAAACAGAAACGUAUUCGAGUUCCCCCUUCGGUUAUUCACCAUCCCUCCCUCAUCCCUAUGGUGGACAAACAGCAUUGCCACAUUAUAGAGACGAAUCAUCCAUUUCGUCUUAUUACGGUCCUCCACCACCACCACCGCCGCCUCGAAAUCAAAUGUAUCAAAACGUUGAUCAUCCGUGUGGAAAUCAGUACCUGAGACAAGAUGGAAUGUUUUCAAAUUCUUACGAUGGAAAUCAACACAGGACAUUUGGACAUUCGGAAUAUUCUUCUUCUUCGAUGAACGGUUGUUAUCCUUACGUUCGAAAUAAUUAUUCUAAUUAUUCUAAUUACGAUUAUCCAUAUUUUCGACCGUUUAAUUUUCACAUGAUGGAUCACAAUGAUAAUUGGCAUAAUAAUUCUAAUUGGUCUAAUCAGGGUUGGAUGACGCCGACACAGCAACCCUCUUAUAAUUCUUGGACUAGUUCAACAAAUAUGUUUCCAUUUAUGAGUAAAAAAAAAAAUUUAAUUGCCGUUCGUAUAAUUUUACUUUAUGAUAAAAAAUCGUCGCACGUUGUGUGUAAAUAUUACUAA